AUGACACCCUACGUCAUCGCAUUGGGCGUGCUCGUCGCCCUGAUGACCUUCUUCCACGUGUCACCAUCGCAGCCGUCGCCUGGAAUAAGCUCCUUCGGUCCGUCUUACCUUCCGCCGAAUCUCGGCUGGGUCGCGUUUCUGUUUCCCAGCACGAGCAAGAUCGACGCGACCAUCUGCCGCGCGGAGGCGAGUCAUUGGGAGAACGUUGAGCGCCGGCGCAAGGAGUUCAACGGCGCGCUGCAGCCGAUGCUGGGCAACCCCGUGCGCAUGAAGGAGCUGAUCCUCGUGCCCACGUACACGUGUCCGCUCAACGAGCGCAUCGGGAAAUGGGGCGACGGCGGGAAGUGGGCCUGCAUGAUGCCGUCUGUCAUACAGAAGAAAGACCCGGUCGUGUACAGCAUCGGCAGCUUUGGCAUGUAUUCUUUCGAGAAGGAGAUGCACCAAAUGCUGCGCACCAUGCCCUACACAUUCGACCCAUUCCUGCCCCCUGCAAAGCGCAACAUCAUGGCCUCCCUCCCCUUCCUCCACUUCAUCGAAAUCGGCCUCUCUGGAUCCGCCUCCCUCCCCGCCUACCGCUCAAAAUUCCCCGAGAAAAAGUUUGCGACGCUGCCCGAAAUUAUGGGGCAGUUCGGACAUAAUUACGUGGACGUAUUCAAGAUUGACUGCGAGGGGUGUGAGGUUGAGUGGAUUAAGGACCUCGGCAAGCUGUAUAACAACACUGGGAAGAGGCUAGCUCUGCAUGGGGGGAAGCUUCCUUUCGGACAAAUCCUCAUCGAAUUCCACAACAUGGACAAGAGCGUCAAGACCCUCACCAUGUUCUACACGUUGGAGCAGCUUGGGUAUCGCAUGUUCAGCAUCGAGUACAACCACCGCUGCGCCGUGUGCUGUGAGAUGAGCUUCAUCCACGAGAGCCUUGUAAGGCCAGAUAGCGCCACGGAUUGCCGUCCGUUCCUGGCGCCCCCGCUAGAGGACAAGCUGGAAGUGGAGGUGGUGACUGACGGAGGUGGUACUGGUGAUGGUGCUGAUGCUGCUGAUGCUGCUGCUGCUGCUGCUGCUGCAGAAGACUCUGGUGAUGUGGAGAUAACGGUUGGUGAGGUGGGUGGUGGUGCCGAUGGGGCCGCUGAUGCUGAUGGUGCUGAUAGUAACAAUGGUUCUGCUGCUGCUGACUCUAGUUAUGUUGAAACCAAGGGUGGUGAAGUGGAUAUUGCUGAUGGUGCCGCUGUUGCCACUGAUGGUUCUGUUGCCGCUACUGAUGGUGGUAAGGAGGUUGAGCCCACUGCUGGUUUGCCUGUGGAACCGGGGAAGCUGGUGGGAUUUGAUAAGCCAUCUGAGGGUAAGGAGGCUGACUCUACUGCUGGUUUGCCUGUUGAACCGGGGAAGUUGGUGGGUUUUGAUAAGCCAGGGAAGCAGACGAACGAGGUAGAGGAUACCGAGGGGGCGGGGGAAGAGGAGGUGAGUGAGAAGGUGGGUGGAAACAGGAAGGUGAAGGUUGGAGUGGAGAGCAAGGAGGAGGGGAGCAGCAAGAAGAGUAGCAAGAUGACCAGCAAGCGGAAGCAGCAGGCGGCGGCGGAAGUACAGCAGCCGCCGGCAGAAGUGGUGCAGCCGGCUCCAUCGGAGCAGCAGCCGGCGCCGGUGGUGCAGCAGCCGGCGGACGGGCAGCAGACGGCGGAACCAGCGCCGGUGGUGCAGCAGCCGGCACCGAAGCUGCCGCAGAAGACACUGGAGGAGAGAAUGGAUGCAUUUCUCCGGCCAGGGAGGACCGAAGGAGCUCAGGCGCGGCGACUUUUAAGCGACCUGAGCGAUCGACCCGGAAUCGCACAUCAGUCUUCGUUCGGGCAGUCUGUUCCCACGCCUGGCUACUCGGACGACUCGAACAUUCCCUUGAUCUUCUCGGAUACCCUACUCCAACGCAAACUGAAGGAGCAGAGGGUGCCAAAAUGGAAGCCGGUGCCGGCGCAGAGGAAGUGGCAGAGGCCGGCGGCGCCGGCACAGAGGAAGAAGCCGGUGCCGACGCAGAGGCAAAAGCCGGCGGACGUGCAGAAGCCUGUGGUGGAUCAGCCGGAGGUGCAGCAGCCGGCGGCGGAGCAGCAGCCGGUGGCGGAGAAGCAGCCGGCGGCGGAGCAGCAGCCGGCGGCGGAGCAGCAGCCGGCGGCGGAGAAGCAGCCGGCGGCGGAGCAGCAGCCGGGGGCGGAGCAGCAGCCGGCGGCGGAGAAGCAGCCCGCGGCGGAGAAGCAGCCGGCGGCGGAGCAGCAGCCCGCGGCGGAGCAGCAGCCGGCGGCGGAGAAGCAGCCCGCGGCGGAGCAGCAGCAGCCCGCGGCGGAGCAGCAGCAGCCGGCGGCGCAGCAGCAGCCGGCGGCGGAGCAGCAGCAGCCGGCGGCGAAGCAACAGCAGCCGGAGGUGCAGCAGCCGGAGGAGGAGGAGAGGCCGGAGAAGAUGUUCAGGAAGGCGCAUGAUGUAGCGUGGCUUCGUUUUCCCUUUGAGGCGCCUGAAAAACAGCGGAAUAUUGAGGCGGAGGUGGAGUGGCAGUGUUGGUUGCACUGUGUGAUUUCAUAG